AUGUUUGCACUGCUCCCGAUCGCGCGCGGACCGCACUGGCACUUUCUCUUUGGCAUCUCGCACGACCGUAUUCUCAAGUUUCACCGGGGCGGCUCGCGCGUCGCGUUUGUCUUUGGCGUGCUGCACUUGAUUCUGAAUCUGAAGUUCACGAGUCCCGCCAGCACCCAAGUGUACGGCCAGACCCAAGUCAUUCCGCUCGCGGGCUUGGUCGCGCUCGGGUGCUUUCUCACGCUCGUGAUUGGCGGCUACGAACCGAUCCGCCGCCGCUUCUACGCUCUCUUCCAGCUCCACCACCGCGUCUUCUCGCUCAUCGGGCUCGUGGCACUUCUCUUGCACAGCACGGUCGUGCGGUACAUGAUGCUUUUGCCGCUCGUCGUGUACGAUCUCUCGGGCGUCCUCCGGCUGCGCGCGUUUUGCCAGACAUUUGACGCCCGGGUCGAUGUGACGGCGGAAAACGUCGUGACGCUUGUGCUUCCUCCCACCGACCAGACCAAGCGCUGGGCGUCGACCAUGAACCCGUCGUCGUUCUUCUACGUCCGCGUGCCCAGCGUCUCGGGCCUGGAGUGGCAUCCGUUCUCGGCCAUCGUGACGCCGGAUGGCAACUCGAUCGGCUUUUGCCUCAAGGUCAUGACCAAACACCGUUUCGUCGACGACGUCUUCCAGUAUGCGCGCUCGCAGCAAGCGAUGACGCUGCCGACCAUGGUCGGGGGGCCGUACGGCAAGCUGUCGCUGGACCUUGGACGAUACGACGUGGUCCUUCUGGUGGCCGGCGGCAUUGGCGUGACGCCGAUGCUGAGCCUCGUCAACCAGUUUCGACACGUCAAUCUCAAGGUCGGGAACAAGCUGCGUCUCUUUUGGAGCGUGCGCGAGGCGAGCGAGCUCUUGUGCGCCGAUCGCCUCAUGUUUCCGUUGCCGGCGUCGCUGUAUCACCGCUUCUACGUGACGAAAGCGAGUGACGAAGGGCAGGUCAUGAGCGAGUCGUCGGGUCCAGUGAUCUACUACCCUGGACGCAUGGUGCUCGAUGAGAUUGUCAACAAUAUCGCGUACGUUGGCAAAUCGGUGUGCGUUCUUGCGUGUGGACCGCCGGGUCUCGUUGCCGACACGCAGCGCCACGCGCGGAAAUGUGGCUUUGACUUUCACAAGGAAGAGUUUCUGUUUUAGCGCGAUAAAUGUUUAUAUACCUUGAAAUUUUUAAACCUCUUAGACCUGAACGUGUUUAAUAUGGUUGACAUUUUUG